AUGGAGACCGAAGGCUAUCGUGACCUACUGGAGACCAGUGACGGCCAGGGGGUAGGCGUGCUGGAUGGUGGUGGCGAGCUGGGUGUGGAGGAGGGAUGGAGCUCACCCUACCCGCUGGGCUUCCAGGUGUCUUUGACCACUGUGCUGAUGCUGGAGCUGGUGCUGGGCUUCAGCAGCAACCUGACAGUGCUUGUGCUGUACUGCGCUCAGUCAAACCUGGUGGAUUCAGUCAGCAACCUGGUGACGGUCAACCUCCAUGUGCUGGACAUACUGGUCUGUGUGCUGUGUCUGCCGCUCACUGUGGCUGUGAUCCUGCUGCCUGCUAACGCCAGUGGAGUCGGCAACCUGGCCACGCUGUGCUGCUUUCACGAGGCCUGUGUCACGUUCACCAGCGUGGCGACAGCGGUCAAUGUGUUGGUGAUCAGUCUGGACCGAUAUGACAUCUCUGUGCGUCCGGCGAGUCGUCUGCUGACCCCCCGGCGUGCUGCGCUGCUCCUGGCAGCAGUGUGGGCUGUAUCUCUGGCUGUCUUCUUCCUGCCCUUUCUUGAGGGGGACUUCUUCUCUUCAACAGUAGAGGAGGGCGAGGAUGAGGAGCCGGAAAGGCAGAAUAAUGAGCCUGAAUUCACCACUAGACUGACUACCCUUUUUUCCUCCCCCUCUCCCUCCGUAUUACCCUCCACUCAGCCAUCCCCUGCUUCACACCACCUGUCACCAGUAUGGCAGAACAGGACACUGCUGUGUGUCGGAGGGCAGGGGUAUUACACAGGCCUGGCAAUGUAUUACCACUUGUUACUCCAAGUGCCCUGCUUCUUCAUCGCUGUGGUCGUCAUGUUGUUCACCUACUCCAAGAUCCUACAGGCCCUCAACAUCCGCAUCGGCUCCCACAUGAUGAGGGGUUCACGUAAAAAGGAUUCCACCUGCAGGAUACGUUGCAGAAGGCGGAAGAAGAAAGACCUGAGCCUGCCCACAGAGGUAGUGUCCUCCAACCAGAACCAGAACCUUAGCCAUCCUCCUCUCAUCCCCUCUCCAACACCUACACCAACAUCCCCCCCGCCGCUCUCCUCCAUGCCCCAAGGGAUGUCUGACAGUGGAGCAACAAUCACCACAGUCAGCACUGCUGCCACCACCCCAAUCGCAACCACACCAGCUUCCAUUGCUUCUCCAACCCCAGCUUUAGCUUCAGCCUCAACAGUGCAGACCCACACCACCUCACCACUGCCUGCCUCCACCAUGGGAGUCCAGGCCUCAGUUUCGGCAAUCAUUGCUUUGAGGCGUGCAGUACGCAGACACAGGGACCGCCGGGAACGGCAACGCCGCGUCCUAAAAAUGUCCCUAAUCAUCAUAUCCACCUUCCUUGGAUGCUGGGCCCCUCUGUCCUUGGUCAACAUUUUAAUCCUGUGUAUGGGUCCCAGCGACAGCCUGGUGCGGAUCCGCCUUUGCUUCCUAGCAAUGGCUUAUGGAACCACUAUCUUUCAUCCUCUGCUCUAUGCUUUCACCAGGCAGAAGCUUCGCCGCGCUCUCAAAACACGGGUCAAGAAGAGAGUGGUAUCCCUUCUGCAGGUGGACCCAGCUGUCAGCGGGGGGACAGUUAUUCAAAACUCAUGGGUGGAGGGGGGAGGCAAGAAGAAGAGUCGUAAACCACGGGUAGAGGCCAGUGACGGCACUGAUCGAUGCCUCACUGAGGCAGUGAAGGAAUGA